AUGGGGUACGUGCUGUCGGCGGUGGCGAGGGUGCUGGAGCUGCCCACAGCGUGGGGGGCGGCCUGGGAGAUGGCGCUCCUCGCGGGGCCCCUCUGGGCGGCGGCCCUCCUUGGCCUCCUGCUCGGCUGGGCCUGGCGCCCGCGCUGGGCAGCCGGCCUCGUCGUCGCCACCGCCGACGGCGGCAGCGCCGCCGCUGCUGCUGCUCAGGCGCCGGCGCAGCCGCCCUUCGCCACGCUCGACUUUUGGAAGGCCCAUCUCCCGCCCGUCUCCGCGCCCCGCUCGGCUACGCCGGCGCCGCUGUGCAGCAGAGGGAGGACGACGAGGACGCCGUGCAAGGGUAUGUAA